AUGCUUUGCAAGACACCAGAAGAAGUAGUUGCAGAGAGGCACAAAUCAAAGACUUCUCAACCUACUCUUGAGCAUUGCACAAAGAAAUCCAAGGAGGCCAAGCAGAUUGUUGAUGACCAUGUUGCUGAUUUUUUCUAUGAGAAUGGCAUACCAUUGAAUGUAAUUAACUCAAGAAGCUGGGAGAUAAUGCUAGAGUCCAUUGGGCAAUAUGGCCCUGGUUACCGCUCACCAUCAUACCAUGAGAUAAGAGUUCCUUUGCUUGAUAGGGCUGUGACUAGGACAACAGAAUUAAGGAAGAAGCAUGAGGAGGCUUGGAAGGAAUAUGGCUGCACCCUUAUGUCCGAUGGGUGGACUGACACAAGCCAUCGCCAUCUGAUAAAUUUUCUUGCCAACAGUCCAGCAGGGACCUUCUUCCUAGGUUCUGUUGAUGCUUCAAGUGAGAUAGCAAAUGCUGAAAUGUUGGCAGACUUGUUAAAGAAGCAAAUUGAUAAGAUUGGAGAGCAAUAUGUGGUGCAAGUUGUCACUGACAAUGGAGCCAACUUCAAGGCAGCAGGAAGGAUUCUGAUGGAGAGGAUUCCUCAUUUGUUUUGGACACCUUGUGCUGCCCAUUGCUUGGACUUGAUGUUGGAGGACAUUGGGAAGAUAAAGGACUUCAACACUUGCAUAAAUAAUGCAAAGAAGGUAUGCAGAUUUAUCUACAAGCACGGGAGGGUUCUUGAUCAAAUGCGGGAGAAGAUAGGUGGAGAUCUUGUGAGGCCGGCUGUGACUCGUUUUGCUACCUCAUUUCUUACAUUGGCAAGUAUGCAUAGGCAUAGGAAUGGCUUGAGAAGUUUAUUUGUUAGUGACGACUGGAAUAAUAACAGCUUGUCUAGAUCUAGCGAAGGUCGGCAAGUUGUGAAUAUUGUUCUUUCAAUGCCAUUUUGGAACAAUAUGGAAAACUGCCUAAGAGCUACACAACCACUUCUCAUUGCUUUGAGGAUAGCAGAUGGAGAUGAGACACCCGCAGCUCCUGAGAUCAUGGCAGCCAUGGAUGUUGCAAAGGCCACUAUCAAAGAAUCUUUGAAAGAUAAACCAAGUUUACUUGUGGAGGUGCUUGAGUGCUAUGACAAGAGAUGGGAAAGCCAAAUGGAACAAAGACUAUAUGGGGCAGCCCUCUUCUUGAAUCCAGGGAAGUAUUUUGACAUAAAAGAAAAAGAUAAGAGAUGGGUUGCAAGGCUAAGAUCAAUGUUCAAUGAUGUUUUGUGGAAAAUGAUAGAUGAUGAUGAUGAACAAAGCAAGAUUAGUAAGCAAGCAGAUGACUAUGAGAGGUCCGAAGUUCUUUGGUGGGGUUCAUAUGGUGGCCUAGCAUAUGAGCUCCAAAGUUUGGCAAAAAGAAUUAUUAGCCUUUGUUGUGCUGCAUCUGGAUGUGAGCGUAAUUGGAGUGCGUUUGCUCAUGUCCAUACCAAAAAGAGAAACCGGUUGGAGCAUAAAAGGUUAAAUAAGUUGGUGUAUGUUAGCUACAACCGGAAGAUGCAAAACAGAUUUCAAAAAAUUAGAGAGCUUGGUUCCAAAGGAAAGAAAAGCAACCCACUCUUGCUUGAGGAAUUUCAAUGGGAAAGUGAAUGGGUUGAUGAAAAUUCUGAAUCGGUUCAUGGUGAUACCGAUAGUUUGACUUGGACUGUUGUGGAUGAAGUUGCUGGUGCAACUCAAGGUCUCAGGGGGCGUAAUUUACCUAGGGCUGCUGCUGCUCGUGCUGCUGCCGCUGUCAACCAAACCUAUGUUAGGAAGAGGAAACGUGCAAGAAUCACAAAGGCCCAAGACCAAGAUAUUGCACAAGAUGAGGCUGAAGGAGAAGGUUCAGAUUCUUCAGAUGAGGCAGAAGGCUCAGAUUCAGCAGCAAUGGAAGAGGAUGAAGAUUGUGGACAGGAUUCUGAUGGAGGCUUCCAGUUGAAUGCUGAUCUACUUGAUUAG